UCAACCAGAGAAAGGUAAAAACUAAAACACUCGGGCAGUUUCAGGCUGAUAACGUCUUACAGGGGGGAAAAAAAGUGCUUUGAAGUGAUUUGUUAUUCAUCUACUGUAGCAGUGAAUGUAUCACACGUCCUGACUGAGAUUUAAUGCCAUCAAAAGAACAUGACACGAAGGAGCUGUGUGAUUUGGACUUUGCUGGUGGGCCUAUUUUUCUCUUGUGCCAAACAAGAAGAAGAACACCUCAACUCUCCAAAUUGUAUGAAAGAGAGCAAUCUUUGUCAUUAUAUUGUUGCUGAUAACUUCUAUGGCAACAUCACUGCACAGAAUUACUGUAACAUGAGUAGCAUUUCUUGCAUCGUAUUUAUGCCGGUAAAUGCAGCUAUAAACCAAAAUUUGUCUAAGUAUUGGCCUCAAAUGCAGGAAAGGAAUGGCUCUAAAUUUCUGUACAUUUCAAAAUGGCAUGUUGACAAGGAUUUUUGCAUCUACGUCCUGCUUGGGAAAUGCAGUAACACAGUAAAUAAUCCAGGUCGAAGUUGUAACUUCUCUGCAGAAUUCCCAGCAACUUGCCACGUUAGAUGUUUGAAGACAAAAACCAUGUGCAAGCACUCUAACUAUGAUGAAAACUUCUGCAGCAGUAUUGAUCAACAGAUAAAGGACAAGUACAUCUUCAACAUAACUGCAGAGGAAAAACAAUGUCGCAACUGUAAUAAUCCAGUGAAAAUCCCUGAGAAGGAAAUCAUUCUGAAUUCAACAGUUUCGAGCAGUGGAGGAGCAAUCGACCCAGUGGAAGCUGUUAAUGUAAUGAAUGGAAUGGCCAAACUUGCCUCCUCCCUCACCGAGCCUGCAGCUGCACUGUCUGGCGGAGAAGGAGUCACGGGUAUCAUAGUGAGAGAAACAGAACCUUUGGACGUACAAGAAGUCUCCUUUGCUUAUACAUCUCCAAAUGAAAGCUUAAGUAUUAUAGACGACAGAGAAGCUCUGAAUCAAUUUUCAAGAUCUGUUACAGUGUCAAAAGAAGCUUUUAAAAAAGCUGUCAGUUCGAACGUUAGUGUACCAUUUGCUGCUGUUUUCCGAUUCCUGAACAUGGCUAAGGAUGAACUGAACAGCACUGUUUUAGGUGAUGAGAUUUUAGCAGUUGAAAUGGGAGCAUCUAUCACCAAUCUCACAGACACAAUAAACAUCAAUUUUUGGAACAUGAAAUAUAAAGGAAUUCCAACUUGUCAUUCGUGGAACGGCGAAGGUAGUCGACCAAAUUGGACUGAUAGCGGAUGCCUGACAGUGAAAAAUGGAAGCAACAUUACGUGCCGGUGUUCGCAUCUGACAUUCUUUGCUAUCUUACUGACUCCCCUAAACGAAACCAUCUCUAGCUCUGACCUGAGCAACCUCACCAUCAUCACCCAAGUUGGCUGUGGCUUGUCCAUGUUCUUCCUCAGCGUAGUCCUCUUCAUGCACUUCCUUUUAAGGAAGACCAAGCCCACUAAAACCACUAGGAUCCUGAUCCACCUGGUGUCGGCCAUGUUCCUGCUUAACCUCACUUUCCUGAUUAACAACUUUGUGGCAAAACUGAACAACUCUGUGGGCUGUAAGAUCAUGGCCGCUCUCAUGCACUACUUCAUGUUGACGACUUUCACUUGGUUUGCUGUGCAGGCCUUCCACCUCUGCCUGCAGUUGUACACUGGGGGCAAAAUUGUGAUCCACCGUUAUAUGCUCAAACUCUCCAUCAUCAGCUGGGUCACACCCAGUAUCGUUGGGAUUGUCCUGCUCAUCAUAGGAAAAUAUGGUGAACAGUUCAUCCACACUGAUAACACUGCAGAAGACGUGGCCAUGUGCUGGAUAACAGACAAUGACGUCCACUACAUCGUCAACAUAGGCUACUAUGCGUUGGUCUUCCUGUUCACCCUCGCCAGCUUCAUCAUCGUACUGUCCUGGCUCAUUUGUCUCAAGAGAACCAAAGAUAGCACCACACAAGCUAACGGGAAUGGCAGAAACAUUGUAACCAUCUUUGGACUGUGUUGCAUGCUGGGUAUCACGUGGGGUUUCGCCUUCUUCGCUUACGGUGUCCUCCUGAUCCCCUCCUACUACAUUUUCACCAUCCUCAAUUCUUUUCAAGGUUUCUUCCUGUUCAUCUACUACUACUCCAGCAGCCACACAAGGGAGACAAACGCUGCAGUGAGAGACUCAGAUGGCACCACUAGCAUCAGCACUCUUAAAACUAGUCUAGAUAUCUGCGAGAACCCCUACAUCAAUCUGCCAGCCAAAAGAUAAAGCCUUGGAAGACUGAGGAGUGAUGACGAGGGUGUGGUCAGCUUGGAGUACAGGCUACAAGCAAGUACGAAGAAUUAACUGGAAAGAGUACUGAUAUAUAACAUUGUAAUGUAGUGCUGUAAUAACAGACUUAUUUCCUGUUAUAGUCAUUUAUAAUUAUUCGUUUAUAGGGGAAUGGUUUUAAUAUUGCAUUAUUUAUCAGAGGACCAUAAAGGAGGAUUAGAAAAUUAAAAUAAUAAUUUUCACACCUUUUUAAUACCACAAUAAUGAAAUCUACCAAUGAGAUGACAGAUUUUUCUGUUUUAAAACUGUAAAAUAUAUAUAUUUUUUAAUCUUUUUCUUGAGACUUUUAAAUUGUUAGUAAACUAUCCCUCAAAUCUUCAACUUUUGGGUAAUUCCAAGUGAGGAGACAUACUCAAAAUAUUGUACCCUCCCAUUGGAGCCAAAAGAACAUGAAUUGUGUAAAAGCAAGUUCUGGCUGAAGUACGAAGAGAGAUGAGGAACAUGAGGCAAAAAGGAUCCUUUAUUCGU